UCAAAGGUACUUAUUUUGCGGUAUCAAUGUUGCUAGUCAGUAUGUCCUUGGUGAUGUCAGUUCUCGUGCUGAACGUGCAUCAUAGAGGUGACGUCAAGGGUAAAAUAGUUCCAAAAUGGACGCGGAAAUAUCUUCUGCGGCACCCAAAAACGUGCUGCAUGAGAACAGAGUAUGACCUAGAUAGUACGUCCUCUGUAUCUGACAAUAAAAAUAGCAACCAGUUACAUACCAUAGAAGAGACAAAUAUUGACACCGUCAUAAGAGAAAAUGGAAUCGGACUUAUGAAUCAUACCUCACGUCCAUUAAAUACCGAAAAUCCACAGAAAAGAUCGCAACCGCGGCUGAAAUCACUCCCGCAAUUAUCUUUUGACCAAGAAAGUUAUAAUACUCAACUUUCUGAACUUCUCCUCCGAGAACAAAACAGAACUUUACAACACAUUGAAAAACACUUUGUUCACACGGAUGGCAAUGAGGAUGAACGAGAAGAAUGGCAGAAGCUGGCAAGAAUAUUAGACCGGAUCUUUUUACUCCUCUAUGUCGUCUGCUUUGUGAUCAUAACAAUUGUGUUUGUUGUUCAGUUAAAUUCUAAUCCGAAUACAUGACUUGAAUAAUGAUAUUUUACCAUUCAAGUAAGUCACAAAAUAGUGCAAUAUUAAAUUCAGACAAAUGUAUUCAAAUGGAGAUGCGUAAGUGGCAUAUUGACAGUAUUUUACUAUUUCAUCGCUGCGUGUGUGUAGUGUACUUACCUAGCUUGUCCAUUGUCAAAUCAAUUUACAAUCUAGGAUCAAGUGACUGUAUUGGAUAUUGUAUGGCUAAGAAUAAGUUUUGGUUUGCUCUAUACUUCUAAAAAACGUUGCCGCUAGCACUCGAAAAAUUGACAUUUGAAUAUUGACAUGUAAAAAUGUACGGGACAACAUAGAUAAAACUUGUUUUAUGUGUUUCUAUAAGUAAGAGAAUUCAGUGUUACGUGUACAUUGCAUAUGUUUAGUGUAGGUUUAUGGAAAAUGACGCAGAAGAAAAGAAACAAAACUAAAAUUAAAAAAAGACACUUACAAACUGUAAUGGCGGUGUUUUCUAGCAGAGUUUAUAAAGCUGGAUCUGCGAUUAACCAUAAUAGUGACUGAUUAUAUUAAUUAUGUGAAUAGCAUAUAAUGCAUUGUAUAUUUAAAACGGUCGUCUUAUAAAAAGUGUUGGAAACCUAGUCUUUCAUUGUGUGUCAACAACCUGACAAGGUAUCUAUUGAACAAUACAUUGUCAACUUGUUAGAGACAUACACUGCUUCAGUUUAACUGGCAGAAAAUCCAUAAUUGUCGUAUAAUAAUGUUAAAACAGUAUUUUGCCAAAAUAAAGAUCAAAUGAUA